AACUGUCCCCACAUUAUGGUUCAUUUUCAGUAGCCCCGCCCACUCCGAGUUUGGCAUGUCUUAAAUUACUAUAUGGUUCGCACGCUGAGAGGAGUAUGCUCAUGGUUUGCUUGGGGGGAGAUAGGGGAACGUUGUAGAGGCACUGCCAAGAAGGUGAGCUCAACCUCAAACCACAUUCACCACCUCUAUAAUAUCCAAUAUGGCUGAAGGAAUGCCUUCAUGGACCUCCGACAGGUUUGUUGAUAAAAUGUACAUUUCAAAGAGAAGUAUCAGGAAAAACGUAAUGAACAAAAUGCAUUACGUUUCCCACAUGCCCUCAGAGAAUGCAACAGUCAGCACUGCUCACAAAGUGGAAAGUGACUCUAACCCAUCUGAUAAUGACGAUACCGACUCCCUCUCAGGUAGUAGCUUCACCGGGAUGAUUUAUUUAAACCCACAAACACCUACCUGGACUCUAGCUGAGAAGUUUACUGAACUCAACUCUGGAGAAGACAAGAGACUUUCUACCUAUCAGGACCUCUGUGGUCCUCCAGGUUCACCCACGGCCAUUGAACAUAAUAUUCCCAAUAGGAGAGGCUCUACUGGCGUGUAUGGGGUCUACUCAGACUCGUCACAACAAAAGGAAGGCAACAUCAAGAAGGUUUCUAAAAGGAGACCGCAGAGGAAAGUGUCUAGCGGGAAUCCUUCCGAUCUGAAGCUGCGUCUGGUGAGAGAGAUCAGGCCCAAACCCAACGAGGCUCUGUCUGAUGUGCAUUGUGAUGUGCGUGAGAUGUUUGAUGUGUGUGGGAAAAAUGGAAAUGAGAAGAGUGAAGUAUCACUAGUAAUUCCCCCUCCAUUAAACAAGGCUGUGGCCAUGAUUGAUGCCUGUGAGAAGAAUAAGGUGCCUAUAGUGUUUACUGCCAUGAAGAAACGUGGAGUAGAGGGAGACACAGAGAACCGGCCCUAUAAGUGCACUCACUGCAACUGGGCCUUUAAGAAGUCCAGCAAUCUGCAGAGUCAUCUGGAUACUCAUAGUGGCCUGAAGGCUCAUGUGUGUGACCUAUGCGGCAAGGCCUAUUCCCACCAGGGCACACUGCAGCAGCACAAGCGCCUGCACACCGGAGAGAGACCGUACCACUGCCCCUUCUGUGACAAGACCUACAUCUGGUCUUCCGAUUACCGCAAGCACAUCCGCACGCACACCGGAGAGAAGCCAUAUGUGUGCGAGACCUGUGGCAAGGACUUUGUGCGCUCCUCGGACCUGCGGAAGCACGAGCGUAACAUGCACACCAACAACAAACCAUUUCCAUGUACGCAGUGUGGCAAGACCUUCAACAAGCCACUGUCCCUGCUCCGCCAUGAACGGACCCAUCUAGGCGAGCGGCCCUUCUGCUGUUCCGUUUGCGGGAAAGCCUUUGCCGUGGCCAGCCGCAUGGCAGAGCACCAGAUGGUGCACACCGGGGUGAGGCCCUACACCUGCCUGGUCUGUUCCAAAUCCUUCACCAAGUCCUCCAACCUGCUGGAGCAUCAGGCCGUCCACAGCGGCAUCCGCCCCCACAAAUGCUCCCAGUGUAGGGUGGCGUUCGCCAUGGUGUCUCGCUUGGUCCGUCACCAGUGCGUCCAUACCGGAGAGAGGCCCUUCAACUGCACAGGCUGCAGCAUGUCCUUCAGCCGCACAACUGCUCUGAAGCGCCACCAGGAGCAGACGUGUGCCGGGAGGAUCUUUGUAUGUGUGAAGUGUGACAAGGCUUUUCAGUGUGCCUCUCAGCUCACUGAGCACAUGCUGAGCCAUGACUCUACUGUUGCUGCUUCUGCUGUCGGAAACACAGACGACUGAUUGAUGCUAUUGAUGUUUGGGAGCUACCCUCUCAUAUAGUACACACUGUUGGUUUAGUCAACCUUAUUGAUCUUUACAUGCUAGGGCAACAUCCUGCUAGUCUGCUAACCUUUAAGGAUCUUCUGACAAUGUUCUAAAAUGCAUUCAAAAAAAUAUUAUAUUUAAAUGUUCUAAUGUGAAGCCUGAGUUUGGCUGAGGAAAAAAGUACAAUUGUUUAGGUAGAUGUAUGAGGCUCAGAAAUUAGAUGUAGCAAAUUUAGAUUUUUUUUGAUGAUGAUUUUGCAUGUACAUUGAUUAAUGAAUCUUAUGCUAGUCAAAUACACAGUUGAAGUCGGAAGUUUACAUACACCUUAGCCAAAUACAUUUAAACUCAGUUUUUCACAAUUCCUGA